GCAUCAUGAAGGCUGCACAGUUUGGACCUUGGUCAGAUCUUCCUACCGAACUCCUGGGCCUUGUCCUAAAGCGCCUCGAUUCCCUAGCUGACCGUGUUCGUCUGAGAGCAGUCUGUCAACCAUGGCGCUCUAAUAGUAUGUUGCAGAAUCUCCCCCUCCCAUUCCCUUGGCUCACCCUCACCGAUGGAACCUUCCUCGGCAUCCCUGGCAGUGAGGUUCACCGCAUGCCUCUACCAGAUGGUGCUCGUUGGCACGGCUCCAUUGAUAACAGGCUAUUCCUCAUGAGCUGUGAUGUUUCCUAUAAGUUACUGGCGCCCUCGCCGCUGGAAUCAUCACCCAAGUCCCUUGCUGCUGCGUUGAUCAUCGGCAAUUGUUAUUCUGUUGAUCUUUGUGUCGUUCAACCACCUGCCACCACUUACUCAUUCAGAGGUAUACGUACUGCACUGGGGGAGCCACCAACAUUAGUGGACCUUGCAUUCUUGGAUGGAAGGCUGUACGUGGUAUCUGGAUUUUUCAAGCUUUUCGUCGUUGAUUUUGGUGAGAACCUUGGUACUUAUCCAAAGAUGAAAUGCGUAAUUGACUCUGGUGGUGAUUGUGGAACGCCUCAAUACCUGUCUAAGAAGGUGCUUUAUGGACUCAGCCAGUAUUUAGUGGAAUGUGGUGGUAGGCUGCUGAUGGUGCAAAGAUUUACACACUCACAGGGUUUUAGGAAUUCUCACACUGUUGGAUUUAAUGUCCUUGAGGCAGACUUGCGCACUAACCCGGGUCAGUGGAGAACGGUGAGUGAUUUGGGUGGCCAUGCCCUCUUUCUUGGUAAGCAAAGCUCGAAGUCCCUGCCUGCUGGAGAAUGCAGUGGAUCCCAGGAGGACUGCAUCUACUUCAUCUGCGAUUAUCCUUGUCCAGAGUCUUCUGCAGAACCUCUUCGCGACGCUGGCAUAUACAACGUGAGAAGUGGGAUGAUAAUGCCAUUGCAUUCAAGGAAUCCUGCAGUACCGCAACGCCAAGCUGGUCAGUGGGGCCUGACCUGGUUUUUUCCUUCUGAAGCUAUAUGAUCAACCCAGAAGGAUUGUUUUAGUCUUUUGUGGUCAACCAACAUGCCUGGGUUCUGCUUAUCUUUAUCUUACUAAUAUGUUAUUGUGUGGACUUAAUUAGUAUAUGAUGGUGUGCACUUUUAAGUCACUUGGUGACAAUAAUGGGUUCAUGUAAUC